UGUUUAUGUGGUGCUGAGGAAUUGAACCCAGGGGUUCGUCCAUGCUAGGCAAGCAUUGUACUGCUAAGCCACAUUCCCAGCCCCUCUAAUAUGUUUUGAUCUAGCCUACAGCUCUCUUUAAUCAUAAGGUAGCUAAGAUGAAUGAAUGAGAUAGUUGAGUUGUUCUUUCCUAUUUUCUGUUCCUAGAAACUGCAUUUUUUAGUCAUUAACUAAAAUUAUUUUACUAUUCUAGAAGUAUUCCUCUUGAAACUAGGAAGUGGAAUGUCAUUGAUGACACCAACUUAAGACAAUACCUUAAGCUAUUUCCUUCUGGAAAAGUUAAUUUUACAAAUUAAUUCUGCAUAUUUACCUUUCAGUUCCUUCUGUACCAUCAAAUGAGCAAAUGGUCUUCUGCUUUCUUGGGUAAUUUUUUUAAGUUUAGUUAGAUUAUUAUUGAGUUCCAUUUCACCAGCGUUUGUUAUACUAAAAAAGGAUUUGGGUCUUGAGGAACUCAUCCAGGGUCUAGAGAGCAUCCAAGAACUCUAGGAGUUUGUACUAAUGCCUUCUUUUUCCAAUGAAAUAAUGCCUCUUUAAUUAAUCCCCAGAGGAUUUUUUUGUCCCUUCUGAAGCUGUAAACUGAGAACAGAAAUACUGCCUUGAAAAAAGUCCAAGUAGGUUUCAUCUUUCCUCAACUCUCUUGGCUUUUGGUAAGUUUGUGAGUGUUGACAGUAUCUUGAGCUGUCUUGGCAGAUAAUGAGGAUCAGAAGGAGAGUAGUCCUCAGGCAGGGUUCCAGAUCCUUAGUUGCUUCAUUAGAGAGAAUUCAGACUUGUCUGUCUGGUUGUUAGGGCAUACUUAAUCAUUGAGAUACAGCAUUUCAGCAGUUUGCAGAGAAAAUGAUAUGAAGGAACAGCUGCAAGUAAACCCCAAUCUAAAUCUGAGGAGAUCAAGCACUCACUUCACUUGGAAGAAAGAAAGAAGGAAGGAAGCCUAGGGCUUAGCAGGUCCCUAGGUAUCUUUGGACAGGCCAUGGCUCCACGUUCCCGGAGACGAAGGCACAAGAAGUUGCCAUCAGAGACUCAUAUGAUUGUGAACCCACCUACAGCCGUGACUCCUGUAGCUCUGACUCUCUCAAAACCUGGUCCUAGCAUUGAUGCCCUUGGCUUCUUCUCCUUGGACAGUAAUGUUCCUGGCCUAUCCCAGCUGGUCCUUGAAAAGCUGAACAUGAAAAGCUAUGAAGAAUUUAAGUUGGUAGUAGAUGGGGGUACCCCAGCAUCAGGCUUUGGAUUUCGAUGUCCUAAAGAAAUGUUCCAAAAGAUGGAGGACACAUUCCGAUUCUGUGCUCAUUGUAGAGCACUGCCUAAUAGCCUUUCAGACUCCAAGGUUCUCCGACACUGUAAGAGGUGCAGAAAUGUCUAUUACUGUGAUCCAGAGUGCCAGAGAUCAGAUUGGCCAGACCAUAGAAGAGUUUGUCAAGAACUUCGUCUUGUGGCUGUGGAUCGUCUCAUGGAAUGGCUCCUCAUCACAGGUGAUUUUGUCCUACCAUCAGGACCUUGGCCAUGGCCUGCUGAAGUUGUACAGGACUGGGAUACCUGGUUUUCUAUGAGGGAGUUACAGCUGGAUACUAUAUUGGAUUCUGUGCUAGGUAGUCAUGCUAUGACUAUUCUAUGGGCCAGUGUAGGAAGGCCAAGACCAGAUCCAAAUGUCCUACAGGACUCUUUGAAGCGGCUGCUGACAGAUGUCUUAUCACGGCCCUUGACACUGGGCCUAGGGCUUAGGGCCCUGGGGAUAGAUGUUGGGAAGACUGGGGGAUGCACGUUGCAUGUAGCUGGUGCUUCCCAUGUAGAGACAUUUCUCUCUCGAUCUGGGGACUAUGAUGAGCUUGGAUACAUGUUUCCUGGACACCUUGGCCUCCAUGUAAUCAUGGUAGGUGUGGAUGUGGCUAAUGACUUUUUACACAACACCUCAGCUUCAUCCUUGGUACCUGGCACAGUUCAGCUUAGUGGCCACAGAGGACUCUAUCAUGACUUCUGGGAGGAACAGGUGGAGACUGGGCACAUAGCCCAUCCGGAUAUGGUGGUGGCAUUUCAUCCAGGUUUCCAUGCUUCCCCAAACUUGAUGGAAUCUUGGCUACCUACUCUCCUGCUGCUUCGUGACUAUGAGAUCCCUACAUUGAUUACGCUUUACAGUCAACAGGAAUUGGCAGCCUCUUUACAGAUCCUGGUGGACCUGGAUACACACAUCAUUGGCUAUGGAGCUAAUCCUUUCACAUCCCUCAAACCUGAACAGGUCUAUUCUAACCCCAAUAAGCAGCCAGUGUACUGCAGUGCCUACUACAUAGUGUUUCUUGGAAGCUCUUCCCAUCAGCUAAAGAAAGACAAUUAGUACAUGGUGGGAUUUAAAUAGUUAAGCCAGAUCCUCACUGGAUACCUGGGAAAUGAGGAGGCUGUGAUGAAGCUACUCUGUUGAUGUUAGAUUGUGGCCAACAUUGAAAUAUCUCCUAAACUUCAUCAUUCAAGUAAAAUAAAAGAGAGCUCCAGUAUUAUGUGAUUCGUUUCUAAGAGCUUAGUCCUAGCUGGAUAUAGUUAUGUAUGUCAGUAAUCCCAGCACUCAGAAGGCUAAGGUAGAAAGAUCACAAGUUGAAGGCUAACCUGGGCUACAUAGCAAGAAACUAUCUCAAAAUGGAAAAAAAAAAAAAAAAGGCUAAGAGAGUAGUCAGUGUAAUGACUAGAGAUAAGUUUCUAGAGUUACUUGGUAUCAAGCUAUCAGGAAUCUAGAGUUCCUAAUUGUUUCCUUUCUGUGAGAGAUACCUAUUGAGUGAAACUGGAUGUCACUGAAGACAAGAAUGAGAAAUAACUGAUUCUUCCUUCUGAAAAAGACUUUCCAAUGUAACAAUUCAAGUUUAAAAAUGAAAGUGCUAGUGACCAGUCAACAAGUUUUUGGUGACAUGAAGAAAGUUGUAAGAAUCCUAUUUCUUCAUUUGUUCUAGAGAAAUGUCUCUUUCUCCUUCUGUCUUUGGGGGUGGGGGAGAAUUCUGACUUGAGAGAAGCUCUGGUAUUGUACUUAUAUAUCCCAAGGUAUAUCAGAUUUCACCUGAAUAUAGUGGAGUUGUUGUCCUACAAUAAAAUUAGAGAUUUUGUUUUC